UAUCUCGCCUUCAGUUCACAUAGUCCCUCCCAAACUCAGAACACGAAGGAGCCCAACGGCAGGCAGCAGCAGCAGCAACCCAAGAACUCCUCCCACGCCAAGAAACCAAGAAGCAAUCAUGUGGACGUGGGGAAGGAGGAACCGAGGCAGAACGAGCGCGCCUCCUGGAGCGAGUUCGGCCUCCCUCGACUCCACGACCACGACCACGAGCGAGGGGGACCAGACCUUGCAAGAGGACCUGCUUCGCGCUGUCGAGAAGGAAGUAGAAGAGAGGACCGGGGCCAGCCUUGGCGCCGGCGCGCAAGAAAGCUCCUCCUCCGGCCAGCCAUCAAGAUUCUUGCGAGGAGCGCGGAAGGCUGCCAAGAAGGUUCUAGGCGUCGGCAAGAGCUCCGCUCCCCCCUCGCCGAGGUCAGCAGCAAGAAUGCUGCGAGUGCAGAACACGGCAUCUGGAGUCGCCGGCACGUCAGGCUCGGUGCCCGUGGUGGCGCCAGCAACUGGAAUCGAUGAUGCAGCCAGGUCUGAGCAGCAGCCUGCAACCCGCACGCGGUCCGAGUUCGCCGCUGCGAUGCGAAGUGCGUUGGCGAAGAUCCAAGAGGCUGCCGCGGGCGACGCCCAAGGGGAGGCAGCGUUCGCCGAGAUGGAGCAGGCGAUGGCCGGCCUCAUGGACCUCUCUUACAAGAAAGUGGAGCCCCCGAAACUCCCGCGCGAUUUCGCCACCAAAUGGGCUCCUGAUAAUGCUGAUGCACUGCAUGGAGGAGCAAUGGAUGAUCCUGUUAUAUUGGCUUCUGGACAUUCUGUUGAUCAAUCAUACCAGCAGUGGUUCAAUUCACAGAAAAAUACCUGCCCAGUUACUGGUCACUCCUUGCCCCACUCACUCACAGUUCCAAACCACCUCCUCCGUGACAUGAUUACUGCGUGGUUCCUCGAUCACUCAGACCUCCCCCCCUCUACCACUGCUGAUACGCUCUCUUCCCCCUUGAUACCACCUUCAGAGGAACAAAUGCAAGACAUCCUAGACAAGUUCUCAGGUCAUUCAGUACUGCAGAGAGAGGCCUUGCAUUCGAUCCAUCUAAUGUCUAAAACAUCCAAGGGAGUGCAUCCUUGCCUUGACAAGUGGCCAGGCCUGGUCCCUGUGCUCGUAAAUCUUAAGAAGAAAUGGAAAUCUACAUGGGCACGUGAUGUCGAGGAGGACAGGAUCUCGGUAUUCCUUAAUUUGUCCAUGCACAGGCCCAACCGGGAGAUCCUAGCCGGACAAAAUAAGCUACCAGCUGUUCUAAUCAAAGUCGUCGAGAAGGCAGAAAAGCUUGGAACUUCAGACUCAUUUUUGGCGAUGGUAGCUUCUACAGUUGCCAUACUGUCAGAGUUUGAUGUGUUCAGGAAAAGAUUAUUGGACACAGGGGGAAUGAAAAUGCUCAGUGAUCUACUCAAGAUUGAGGAUGUUCUAGUACGGAAGGAGACAGCCACUGCAAUCCUUGCAGUCUGUACAGAUGAGGAAGCCAAUGCAUCAGCUGCAGAAAAUGAUGUGCCUGAUAUGCUGCUGGAAUGCUUCAUGGUCACUGAUGAGUUCCUGCUUCUGCUUGAUCGUCUGCCAAAAUCUCCAGAUGUGUUGGAUAGGAUAUGUGAUCAUUCUGUGGAACUGGUGAAUAUCGUCAUUGAAGAACAUGCAAGUGGAACAGUGACGGCCCAGGGCAUCCACUCUGCGAUUUCCUUGAUUUUUAUCAUUGCUCACAGGGACGUGAGUAAGCUGAAAGUGAAGAACGUGGAGGAUUUCAAGGAGCGGUUGCAGGAGCUUUCAUCAAAGAGAAUACCGAUGCAGACGAUGUUUCAGGUGGAAGGAAUAAUCAAGAUUCUGUCAGAUAUGUUUCCAAGCUCUCUCCAGCCACACGAAUAGACCAAUCUUAUACUGCCCUUCUGUAUCUGUUGUUCAUGUAUGGGUUCCAGGCAGCUUUACUUCUCUUUGCUUACUUUUUUUGUAGUUUCAGUUGUUGA